CCGCACUUGUACGCUCAUCCUCUAUCCCAGGGAUCAUACCUGAGCGGUGUCAGUGGCUGACGAACUCAGUUUCAUAUCCUCCUUGUCUAUUGCUCUCCAGAAACCUCUCCCUGCUUAUAUAAUUGACUACCGACCAAGCCGUCUCCGUACCAGAGUUGAAACGACCUGAAUUCCACCUCCUGACACCAGCAGCAAUGCCAGUAACAGUCAAGCCCUCGCCUGAGCUCGUGGGCCGCAAUGCCGACCUCACGGUCCAUUCGGCGGAGACCCUGUUGGCAGAGGCAUCACAAGCCUGGGCACCAGAACGUCAAAGCCUUAACAGAAGGACCGGUAAAAUGGACCAGCCGGACAAGCGCCGAAUCAUUCAAUCCUCCUUUCAUGAACUCAACCCCCAUACUUCCCGGAUAAUCCCAUACGGCAAUGGCCUAGUCAAUGGUGUCAUCCGCGCAUUCCAGCAGGAUCUUCACCUUGUUUUACGACCCGACGAUAUCUGGCUUUCCAUUCUCACGCAGUUUAGUAUGUUCGUCAACGGGAACGCUGAACAUCUCCGCGCCCAAUUUGUCUCCCAUGAGGGCCAAAAAAACCUCACAGUUGACAUACGCCCACACUCAAUCCGCAGUAUAGAUAUGGGAAAGUUUGCGCAGGCCAUGACGGUGCUGAUUCACCAAAAUGUGGUGGAUGCACAGCUCAGAGAACUCAUUAUGCCAAACUUCAGCACCACAACCGACGAGGAUAAGUCCGUCGCAGCAAUAGUCAUGAUGGGAACUUUGCAGAGGUACUUUACCUACAGACUUCGUGGCGGGUGUGGAUUUCCCUCCGUAACCCUACUAGGCGAGAAAUCGGACUGGGAAGAGGUCCUCCGCAAGGUUCAACAGUUGCCAAAGUAUGGCGCUCAAACAGCCGAAUGGACUCGCCUCCUAACGCCCAUCAUCCAGUACAUGAUCGCAUCCUUCUCCCAGCCAACCUCGCCAGACAUCAAGAAUUUCUGGCUGCGAGCCUGCCAUGCCGCGGGGCAGGAUGGAUCCGGGGAUAACGCGUCCACCAUAUCGGGUUGGAUAACCGCCUUCUGCUUCUUCAAGGAAACCGGUCAGCGGACACCGGAAUACUCGGAUGAACAGCUAGGCCGCUAUGAAUCUAAGACAAGUAUUGCCGAGCGGAAGAGACUGGUCCUGGGUGAUGCUGUCUACCCCAUCAUACACCCCUCAAGUAUUCCCAAAGGAGUCGUGUCCGUUCCCGUUGUUGUCGAGGACCACGCGACCGGUCUGGAGCACGAGACAACCAUGGUUGCGGGCUCUGUCGGGAUGGCUCCUUCUGCCGCGGAUGGUGGAGGGGAUUUGACUACGGUGCAGCCUAGGUCUGGGUGGUGGAUAUUAGAGGAUUCAGUCAAGCCAAUUGUUGGUUUCACGAAUCCUAACACUUCAGGGUAUUAUUAACUACGAUGGGGGAAAAAGCGUUUCUAGGGGGCCAUAGCGCAGGGAUUGGUGGGUCAAAUGUUCGGAUAGCCGGUACGAGUUGUUGUAUUACCAUAUAUGGAUUUCUAGUGGGGACGGCAUCAAUUCUGCGGGGAUACAAUGACGUCCUUUACUCGAGUGCCUGUGCUCCCGUCCCUUGUUUUUCUGUCAUGUGUUUUUCUGUCGUGUGUGAAACAACGUUUGAGGCAUCAUACGAGUAGUAAGCCCCAACAAUUUCAUUCUUUCAAGCCGUCAGUGUUUUAUCGUCCCGCGUUUUUCAUUCUCCGUCGUCGCGCACUCGUUGUACUCAGGCAAAGCGAAUAUCUUUCUUCUCUCUCUCACCCGGCGCCUUUAUCCACCCAGAAGAACUCUGAAAGCCGAGAUAGUGCCAAUUUACCGAGAGCAUGGAAUGAAAUUAUCCUAAAUUACCGAUAUAUCCUCAGGCUGUUACUUUCGCCGCGCCGACACCUGGGUACGGAGAUCCUGUUUCACAAACAGCCUCGCCCUCAAAAACGCUUCCACCAUAUCUGUAUAGUUUUAUGGAAAAUUAGUGAUCUGUGGCCUAUUAAUCAGAAAUAGGAAAUAUGCAACAGUCCAUCCUGGUUUCCCUGGAGGCCCUGGCUAAAAAGAGUAGCGGGCCGGCUUCUCGUAA